AUGGCAAUUUCAACAGCAGCAGCAGCCUCAGCUUCCUCAAAGCUCACUUACUCAUAUGCCUCUCAGUCCUCUCCGCCUUCACCGGCCUCCUCUAUCUCCAUUAGACCUUCUUCCAAGCUAACCCAUCUCUCCUCUUCCUUCCUCAACCCCUCCACCAUCCUCCACCUCACGCCCACCACCACUCUCCCCCUCCACCACCACCACCACCACCACCGCAGUUUCACAGUCAAAGCUGCUCGAGGUAAGUUCGAGCGCAAGAAGCCCCAUGUCAACAUCGGCACAAUCGGCCACGUCGACCACGGCAAGACCACUCUCACUGCAGCUCUCACCAUGGCCUUGGCCUCCAUUGGAGGCAGCGCUUCCAAGAAGUACGACGAAAUCGACGCCGCCCCAGAAGAGCGCGCUCGUGGAAUCACCAUUAACACUGCCACAGUCGAGUACGAGACUGAGAAUCGGCACUACGCCCACGUUGACUGCCCCGGCCACGCAGAUUAUGUCAAGAACAUGAUCACUGGAGCUGCUCAGAUGGACGGUGCGAUUCUUGUGGUUUCUGGUGCUGAUGGGCCAAUGCCACAAACCAAAGAACACAUCUUGCUGGCCAAGCAAGUGGGUGUGCCUAACAUGGUUGUGUUCUUGAACAAACAAGACCAGGUUGAUGAUGAGGAGCUUCUGCAGCUUGUGGAAUUGGAGGUGCGUGAGUUACUUUCUUCUUAUGAGUUUCCUGGUGAUGAAGUUCCUAUUAUUUCUGGGUCUGCUUUGUUAGCUUUGGAGGCUUUGAUGGCCAAGCCUACUAUCACUCGUGGUGAGAAUGAAUGGGUUGAUAAGAUUUAUGAACUUAUGGAUUCUGUUGAUAGCUAUAUUCCAAUUCCUCAGCGCCAGACUGAGUUGCCAUUUUUGUUAGCAAUCGAAGAUGUGUUUUCGAUUACCGGUCGUGGGACUGUGGCCACUGGCCGUGUUGAAAGGGGUACUAUUAAGGUUGGAGAUACAGUGGACAUUGUUGGUUUGAAGGACACAAGGAGCACCACUGUGACUGGUGUUGAAAUGUUUCAGAAAAUUCUUGAUGAUGCUAUGGCUGGUGACAAUGUGGGGUUGUUGCUUAGAGGGAUACAGAAGAUUGAUAUUCAAAGAGGGAUGGUUUUGGCUAAGCCCGGGACGAUUACCCCACAUACCAAGUUUGAAGCAAUUGUGUAUGUUUUGAAGAAGGAAGAGGGUGGCAGGCAUUCACCGUUUUUCUCAGGUUAUAGGCCACAGUUUUACAUGAGGACUACUGAUGUCACUGGAAAGGUGACUUCCAUAAUGAAUGAUAAGGAUGAAGAGUCCAAGAUGGUCAUGCCUGGCGACCGUGUCAAGAUUGUUGUCGAGCUCAUAGUUCCCGUGGCUUGUGAGCAAGGAAUGAGGUUUGCUAUCAGAGAAGGAGGGAAGACUGUCGGAGCUGGUGUUAUUCAAUCCAUAAUUGAGUGA